UCUCUUACUGUGAUGCUGUUACGUAGCUCUGUCGUGACUUCGGUCGUCCGGAGGCCUAGGAGGGCGCUGCAGGAGCCCGCGAGCGGGGCUCGAUUGGCCUCUCGCUCGGCACUGCCGCGCGCCGUGACAUUGAUCUCUAGCCGUCGCAUGUUUGGCGGCUGCAGGCGUUUCUACCAGUCGAUGAUGGACACGGAAAUGAAGUUGAUCAGGAACUUAGAGCAGUAUCUGAAGAACGACGCGGAGGAGGAGAUGGGCACAUUGGGCGACCUGCUGCUCAAAAAUGGGUGGAGGAUGGAUAUGAACGAUCAGGAGAUCAGCUUGACCAAGGUGGUUCGAAAUAACAGAGUUACGAUCGAGAUCAUACCAAACACUGAGGAGUCGGAUGCGGAGAAGGCACUGUUGGAUCAAGACGCUCAGGAGAGCGUGGACCCGGAGGUGUCCGACGGAGAAGAGGAGGCGGAUGAAAACGAGUUGAAGGGCCAACACGACUUUUUCAAAAUAUCUAUCAGCAGGGUUCAACCUGCGGGAGAAAAUCGGGGAAGUUUGAUAUUUGACUGUUCCGCUCGAGCCGGAUCUUUGAUGGUCGAAGAGGUCUCGAUACUGAAGCCAAAUCAGCCGUUAGAAGAGGCGCAGUCGGCCAUGUUCAGCGAAUUGAGCGAGAACUUGCAGUCGAGUUUUGAAGAGUACUUGCAGGAGCACGGCAUCAACGAAGACACGGCACACAUCGUGUCUUUAUGCCUAUACAAAUACGACCUGAGUUUGGACCAGAAAUGGGGAAACAGCAUUAUCGAGUUUUUGAGGUCUUGACUCUCUCUUUUUUGCGUACGAUCGAAUAAGUUGAUGUCUUGAGAGCGAGCGUGCGAUCAGCGCGCAGAAGGUCCAAGAAAAACAGGUCACAAUUUUGCGCAAUCCUGGUUCACAGAGCUUCUUCUUCUUCUUCUUUUUUUGUGUUCAAGGACUGAAAGGGAUAAAAUAAACGAUUUUCGAACCAU